AGGUAGCUAGGAAGGUAGUUAUUUAUAAUGGGAAAUAUCAAAGGUCAUGAGAGAUGGCAUUGGCCAUCUUCAGUAUUCGGCUAGAAAUCGCAUGAUGGAACCAGGUGAAAACAAUUCGCGCGCAAAAUGUCUACAAUAUACCAGUCUCUCAGCUUGGAUCGACAGGGAAUCCGCUUGCUUCGGUUACACCCUUCACAGGCCUUUGACGACAUAAUCCGAUGCACGCUAUUCCCUGUGUAUCUAGAAGACGAGCCUGAGUACGAGGCACUCUCAUAUGUAUGGGGGCCACUCAGGUUCACGCAGGAUAUUUUGGUCGAUGAGAAGCCGUUCAAAAUAACGAAAAACCUCGAGUGUGCACUGCGACACCUAAGACACGCCUCAUCGGACCGCGUCCUCUGGGUAGAUGCCCUCUGCAUCAAUCAGACAGAUGUUGCCGAGCGCAACUACCAAGUCACGCUCAUGAAGGAGAUAUAUUCACGAUGCGCUCGGGAUCUUGCCUGGCUAGGCCCUAACCCUGGGGGCGUUCAGUCGAAAUUUGGAAAUUUGUCAUCUGUGGAGGAGCCUGGUGAGGAGAUUGUCAGCAAAGCGGCCGAUGAACUCCUUGAGCAGUUACAAGCUGGCAUGCGCAUAUUCCGUAAAAUAUAUCAUCACGAUGCUGAGAGCCUCGAUGACAUGCUUGAACGCUGGAGAUCCUACCAACACAAGCCAAGAUCAGGAAGGAAGGGAGAACAAAACACCAAGCAUUGGGUAAUAUCCUGCUCGGACCAAACAGCGCUGCAUUACCUUUUCUCUUCGGCACCGCUCUGGUCCCGUAUAUGGGUGAUGCAGGAGCUUUCUUGUGCAAACCAAGUACUUUUAGUUGCGGGAAACGAGAUGCUCGAUUGGGGGGAUAUUGCCUCGUUUCUCAGAGACGACAAUAAGCCUUACGCGGACGCGUUCCACGUUACUGGCGGGCACUACUCGUUGCAUGGGGCAGUGGUAUCCAUUUUCGGUAAAGUACAGACGAUUCAGCAACAACGGCGCAUCAUGGGCGAUGUAAAGGAGGGUAGAUACGUAUCCAAGUUGAUAGACGUCUUGGCCAGGUUUCAAUACGCUGAUGCGAGUGAUCAACGGGAUGUCGUCUACGGAUUGCUAGGGCUCGUAUCGGAGAAGCACCCGCUUAAGGUUGAUUACGCUAAACCAGCCCAGGAGCUCUUUACUGAUAUCACCAGGUUCUUCAUUGACAGUACAGCCAAUCUAGAUAUCAUCUGCCAGAACCCUUGGGAUGUUCUUAAAGAGAGGGGGGGAGGGUCAGAAAAGCUGCCAUCAUGGGUAGUUGAUUUCGUCAACCGUAGACGUUUCUCUGUUUUCAGGAGUGGACUUGAGUCGCUGCUCUUCGCACAAAGGGGCAUUUUCUCUGCCGGCUCUCCUAAUUGCGUUGUCCCAUGCAACGUAUCCCAAGAUGGGUUGCUUAAGACCAGGGGUGUAAUACUCGACCAGCUGGCUUCAGUUCACCACGAAGAUUUCAAACAAGAAGUACAACACCACCCCCGCAAAUGGAUGCAACUGUAUUUCCAAAGGGAGCUACUGGAUGAGGACUCCGAAGUCUAUCAAGCUACAGGUGAACCACUUUACCGUGCCUUCUGGCGAACGAUGGUCAUGGACUGCAAGUCGUACCCCAUGAAGCGGCUCUCUUCAGAAGAGGUUGAAGCCGACGAAAAAAUCUUCAGACAACUCAUUGCAAGCGAUACUCCUGAGCCACAGAUUCAGUACGACCUCGCUUCUUGGUUAAUGCUCUCACGUUCAAUGGGAAAUUGGCUAUUCACCAUAUCAAAGACAGGUUUGUUACUGAUGACCACUAGGCAGGCGCAGGAAGACGACGUCCUUGCAAUUCUAGACGGCGGCAGGGUUCCGUGCCUUUUACGUCCAUUCUAUGAGAAUAAUGAGUUACGAUAUCGUAUGGUACACUCCGUCUAUAUACAUGGCUAUAUGGAUGGGAAGGCCGCGAUUGAGGUCGAAGAAGGUCGAUUACAGAAGCAGGACAUAUUCCUUGCUUAAGUGUGUCGCUGAUCUAGAAAUAAGUAUGAGAACACACAACCCAAAAGAUGAGAUACUACUUUUAGAGGUACCAAGCCCUACAUUAUACUGCAUAUUUGUUAUCUAUAUUUAGAUGAUAAAUUAUGAGCCCAUUUGGCCAUCACCGGCUCACUAUGUGUGGUGGUUUUCUUAUCGCUACCGUUUUCUCAUACCCAGGCCAGCAUAUGAAGAAGUUAACUGUAAUGCUAGUUAAUCUAAUUGCUGCUCAGGUCUUCCAUCUUUAUAUGUACGAUAUGCGGGAACUCAAUGCGCCUGCUAUAGGCGGUCCAAUUAGCUCCGCAACAGCUGCUACUGCCCACAUGAUACCUAUGCGCACGCCAGUAUUCGAAACCUGGGAAAGUCUUGCUGCCACCGGAUUCGGCAUCGUGAUAAUACUGCCUGUUGUGAACCUAUGGAGACCAAUAUUCAGUAUGAUUGGCGGCAUCGAGAAGGAUACCAUGAAGCAAAUAAGAUAUCAAACGCACCCUAGAACAACGGACCAAACCGUUAUCCCUGCCACGCUCUCGACGCCAAUCCAAGC